CGCUCAAACACGCACAACAACAGUGUUGUCAACACACACAGAGGACAAGGAAACACGGGCAAAGAGAGUCGAGAAGAGCUGAAGUCAGUGCAUCUGCCCCUGAACCCCUCUGUCUCAUCAUGGCUCUGUCAGGAUCUCAGUCACCGGAUGAUGCUUUGCACGGCUCUUGGGUGGAGCUGGAGGGUCUGGUGGCUUCUGCAGGUCAAACAGAAGCACAGGACACCACAGCCUCCUUCCUGCAGGGGGAGCUGGAGAGGAUUCUGCUGGAAGCUCAGCUGGAGUGUGAGAGGAGUAGUCAAACAGAAAGUCCUCCACAGGUCGUGACCCCGAGAACAUCUGGAUCUCCCAAACCAGCCAGUGAGGGCAGCAGCAGCACAGAUUGUGUGACUAUACAGUCGGAUGAGAAUGACAGGCGAGUGAGUGCUGAAUGGGUGUGGGAUUGGUCCAGUCGGCCAGAAAACCUCCCGCCCAAGGAGUUUGUGUUUCAUCACCCAAAGCAGUCCGGCUCUCUGAGCGUGAGGAAGACUGAGGUGAUGAAGAGGGGUUUGUUUUCUUCAGACGUGCUCCUCAUCCUCCUGCCCUCUCUGCUUGCCUCACACGCUCUGACACUGGGUCUGGGAAUAUACAUAGGAAAACGGCUGGCAUCCUCCUCCACCAGCACACUGUGACAUGUGACAUUUGGCAGCUCACCGAUUGGCUGAGGCCCCUGCCACUAGCACUGCAGCCCAAUCACGCCUCUCUUCUCCUCCUGUGAUGGGCAACAGCCUCUUCUGCCUCUGUCUGUGUUUGUCCCGUCCCACCACAAAACUGUCUUUCUCCGUCUCCAUGCUUUUAAAGGGGUCAUAUCACGAGGAAUCAAACUGUCCUUGAUAUUUUUAGAUACAAGAGCCUGAUGUUCCAUGAAAGUAUGUGUUUCAGAAUGAUAUACAUUUGAGAAAUCAAAACUUUCUUCCCAAAAGGAGCGUUUAUUGAAAAUAAGCUGUAACAUCUUAUUUUGAAGACCUAAAUUGCAGAUUUAUGUAUUUGAAUUGCACAUACAAUUAUCAUUCAUUUGCAUUAGUUUUAAACAUAAACUAAUAAACUUAAUGUGAUUUUUCAGUCAAACCAGCAAGAUUUCUAUAAUAGUACUAAACUGAAUGUUUUAAAUACACAAUAACCAGCUUUAUAUAUUUAUCAUCAAUAACUGUUUCAGUCUCAUACAUUCUAACUAAAUGAAUAUCGCUUGUUCCAUAUUUUAACCAUGUUUAUACUUUUUAACCGAACAAAUUUAAUUUUCACAGUGAACUGAUUCUAAGCAAUUUGAAUAAAUUGGGAAAAUAUGAUUGUUUAAAUAAAAUAGAUGCAGAUAGUUAAGAAUAAAAUAAUAAUGAAGUACAGAAAUCUUACCUGUUUCUUAGCCAUUUCAUUUAUGUAUGGCUGACAAAUAUUUAUCACAUUAAGUUUAUUAGUUUUUGUCAAAACCCAAAUGAACGGAAAUUUUAUAUGCAAUUCAAAGACAUAAAUAUUAAAUACCUAAAUUUGAUGUCAGACUGAUUAAUAUGUUAUGACAUGAUUGACCAGAAGAGUUAAAACAGGUCAAAGAAAAUUAGGAUUGUUAUUUAUGCAAAAAAUUAGAAGUGGAGCUCAGGGAAAACUUUAUGUAUGAUAUGACCCCUUUAACCCCACGAGAGUGUCUUUUUAAGACUAAACUGUCCCUCCAAAUCUUUUUGUAGAUGUUUAGUCCACAAAGGACUGUGUCCACAUGUGUGUCAGGUCUAAUACUGUACAAUUACUACAGGGAACACAGAAACUGUAAUGCACUGAAAUCUAGCUGAAAGAGUGUAAGAGAGGAGAAAACUGACAGUGAGCGAAGCAAGUAUUAUUUGACAUCUAAAUCAAAUGCAAGACAUACAUUGAGUUUGAGACGGAGUUCAGUCAUGGAAAGUGUAUAUGACUGAAUCCUUUCGUGUUUGUGUGGAGCAAAAUAAUUAGAAAAAUCUCAUGUUGCAGUAACGUGUUUGAGAUAUAGAUCCAUUCCAUGUUGUAAUGUGAAGUUCAUCAGGUUAUCUGCUCAGAUUAAUCUUGUUUGUAACGACUCGACCACAAUAAAUGUCACUCUUACCACCUUC